AUGAAAUUUCCACUUCUCAUCUUUUCUAAAGAGGGAGAAAGCUGUAUUUCUUUCUUCAGUUUGACAGAAAAGAGUGUUUUUCAAUUGGAUGUUUUACAAUCCCUCAAAGAUUGUCGCUGUGUAGGGUCUUCUCACGGAUGGUUGGUGAUUUUGAACGAGAAAUCAGAUCCUUUUCUUGUGGAUAUUGUUUCGGAGACCCGUUUUCAACUCCCCGGAAAAGAAACAUUCCCCCACAUUCAAGCUAUUCGUGAAAUAGAGAAUGAAGAAUUUGAAAUCAAAUACAAGCGUGAAAAGGAUUCUUUUUGCUACUCUUUAAAGACUCUUCAAGAAUGGUUAAUGGUAAAAGCGAUUUUAUCUGGUAUUCCGUCUUGUAACACGAAAUACACAGUUAUUACCAUGUAUAACUUGCACUGCAAGUCGAAGCUUGCUCUCUGUAGGCCUGGAGACAAUGGAUGGACUGGCCUUCUUGGGGAACAUGAGUCAUAUGAUGAUAUCAUAUGCCAUGAGAAUCUGCUUUGUGCAUUGGGGUAUGGGCCUUCGGUCGAAAUAUGGGACUUGAAUGAAUCCACUCAAAAGAGCAAGAUGAUUAUUCAAGUUCCUUGUCCAAGAAAUUUGAUAGAAGCCAGAAAAUUUUACCCCAGGGAUCUUUAUACUUCGAAAUGGUAUCUAGUUUCAUCGUGCCAGGAUUUGUUUCUUGUUAUGAGGUACAUCGGGGAGUUCGUUAGGUACGAUGGAGAAGUCAUUUAUGAGGGAGAUACUCUUACGGAUUACACUUCUCAGCCUCUAGUAUGUCCAUAUAAAACAGUUGGAUUGAAUGUCUAUAAACUCGAUUGUAAACAGAAAAAAUGGCUGCAGGUGGAAACAUUGAAUGACGUUGCUCUAUUCAUCGGUGGAAAUCACUCGGCCUCAGUUCUGGUUAAGGAGUAUCCGGGUUGCAAGGCGAGUGCAAUUUACUUUACUGAUGAUUACUGGGAUAGAAUGGACGAGGAUAUCUAUUAUGGAGGUCAUGAUAUGGGAGUCUUCUUGAUGAAAGAUGGAAGCAUUGAGCCAUUCUUCGACUGCGAUCAAGAGAGAUUUGAACCACCACCCUUUUGGAUGGUUCCUAACUAG